AACUUCUUUUAGUACACCAGUGACAACUGCAGCGAGUCGAGGGCACAGUACGGCUUCAGAAAAUUCUGACAUUGGGUACCGUUCAAAUAUCGGGGGACUGUCCAGUAUGCAAAACACAACGCACACUAAUUAUUCUUCGCAUACAUGGGACCAAAGUUCUUCAUCUGGCUUAUUUAGCCCUUCCAAAAUACCACCAAUGGAUUCAACUAACAAACCAAAUCUAAUGAAUCAACAACCGUCGGCAGGAUUUGAUGCUUCUGAUCAUACUACUGGAACCAAGAUGAUGAGUUCUCCUCAACAAUCUUUCGGAUCUUCUUUCAGCUCUAAUGUACCAUAUAGUACUGAAAAACUUGGUAAUGAUGUAAGUAGAAAACCAACAGGUCAAACAACUAGUGGACUUGAUCGUCCAAAUGUCCCACCAAGACAAACUUCAUUACGUACCGGACCAAGCACUGAAGAUACAGAUGAUACUAUGAAAAACCUACGUAAAACAUUUGCUGGAAUUUUUGGUGAUUUAUAAAAGAACCUGCCAGUAGAAUUGUCUUAUUUAUAACUAACGUAUUAUUACUAAUUAUAAAUGUUGUAUCUUUUAAUCAAUUUUUUCCAAACUACAAAGAAUAAUGUAAUUGCUGCUUGAUCAGUUUUUCAUUUUUUUAUUUUCUCUUGUUUACUGCAAAUAUUUGUUUGGUGAAAUUUCCAAUAUAAAAUAACUAAAUAUUUAUGUUAUUGCAUACUUCUUUAACAUAGUAAAUCUAUCUUAGUUUCAUCUAAUUAAUAAAAUUAAACAAAAAAUCAAUAUACUUCUAAUCAUCCUUACCUAUCCAAUUACUACUAAUAUUUUGUUGUUCAAGCGUUUUUGUUCAUACACAAAUUCUCUAGAUCCAUACAAUAACAAAUUGAAACUCAAGUUAAUUAAUCUCAAAAAACAGAAUUAUUUAUCACUAUUAUUUGUCUAAUUAUUUACUACUUAUAAUUUACUUAUAAAAUAAAUUGAAAUGUGAAAAUAUUAAUCUAUCCAAUUGAUAUUUCAAAGUGUUCAUAUCAGUUGUUUAUUGACCUUUAAAGUAUUUACUUAUUUCUGUGAUGUUUUCUUAUUCUGCCUUUCUCUCUCUCCAUCUCCCUCUAUUCCUCCAUUGUUAUACUUAUUACUUGAAGAUAUUAAGAAAUUUUUUAUCGUCUCGAGAAGUAAUUCGACUAGUGAAUCUUAUUUAAAAAUGGAAGCCGAUCCAAGCAUAAUGAAUGACCAGAACAAUAAAGGUCCACCAGGCUAUAAAACAUAAAUAUUAGAGAAUGUAUAUACGAACUCAAUAAAACCACCCAAUUAUAAAAAACUAAUAUAAAAAUCAGACUACAACUUUUGCGAUAAAGCUGCAUUAUGUGACUAGCAAUAACGCAAGUGGAAUGUUAAACACAUAGACUUGACCCCGCUGACAUUAUCAAAUGCUAACAUUAACUGUUUAGUGUUCAGUCUCUACAUACAUCGAUACAUAGGGUUCAUCUACUUUAACUACUUAUUAUUGUCUACUUUAAAAUUACUAAGCAUUUGAAUGAAUAUGUAUAACUCAAUGUGUAAAAUGGAAUCUAAAUAAUUUUGUAUCCAAU